UUACAUAACUGCCCGAUCAAAUUUAAUGUGUACCAAAUUGCCCAUCGGGCAACAAAAUUGUCUAUCGUACAAACGGGUGCAUCCAAUAUAUGAUAAGAUAAUGGAAUACAAUCAAGUAUGAUAUUCUGGUUGACUCAUACAAGUCAGUCGGUGAACACAAAUCCAUUCAAGAACACGGUGAGUGGAAAUGGGCUUGAAUACCAGCCGAAUUGAUGAAGUUUUUUAGUUCAUACUUUGCUUACAAUUAUUACGAAUGUAAUAAUAGCAAAUUGACAUGAAGUUCUAAAAUAAAAACAUAGAAAGUGUUGGCACAAACUGAGAAACAGACUCUGUCUCAGAUGAGAUGAAACGGCAGAAUGAAGAAGCAGUUAUCAUUAUUGAUGACACUCUGCUGAACAUCAUCUCAAGUCCAUAAUAAAUUUGGACACUAUGUAAAGUAGUCGAACCAUAGUCUAAAAUAGUUUCACAUCAUUUCCUUUUAAGUUCAAAUAAAGAUAAAUCAAUCAAUCAAUUUCCUUUUAAAAUGACAUCCAAAUAUGAGCUGGUUUCCAUUCCUCGUUCCGAAUGGCCACAGCUUCGCGAUUUAUUCCUGAUCCAUUGGCCCGAAUACGCAAUUCCUUACAAUGCCGUGCAAAAUUGCAUCAACUGGAUCAGCCACGAUCCAUCCAUUCUACAUCUUCGAAUUCUCAGCCUUGAUGGCGUCUCUUGGCGCCUGAACGGAACAUUUGUUUUGAAGGAUCGUCAUGAGCUGUACUUUUUCUCACUGGAACAAUCGAAUGAGUGUCUGGAACAAGUCCUGGAGCUCAUAGAUUGGAGAUCCACGUACCGGAUAGUGGGAAUCUCGGAUCGGCAUCAAUCAGCUUUGGAAAACGUUCUCAGGAGACAGGGUCAACUGCCUAGCCAGGAACAUCUAUCGGAAGCGGAUCAUUAUGUGAAAAUAUUGGAGAGAGACGAAUUCGAUGUACAAUGUCCACCAGGAUUCCGCUUGGGUGCUCUGGAAACACGUCAUGCUCAGUAUGUCAACUCCUUUUCGGACCAUCCCACAAGUGCUUCGGAAGACAGGAUAAUGCGGUAUAUCGCUUGGAACCCAAGUGUGGCGGUGUUCAACGAGUGGAAUGAACCACUUGCGUGGUGUUUGCUGAACAACUUGGGAAUAAUAAGCCUUUUGUAUACAGAUGAGAGAUAUCGACACAGAGGCUUUGCGGAGUUGGUAGUGAAGGCUAUGUUGUUGAAAUUAGUUGAUCGAGAUAUGAAUGUUGCCAAUGCCGCAGUAACGGCUUCAAAUGUUGCUUCGAAAAGUCUGUUUGAAAAAGUUGGUUUCAGAAAGCAGCAAGUUCUACAUUAUACUAAUUAUAAUUAUUGAGAGGUAAACUGCCUCGAAUCGCAUAUCUGUCCCAUAUGCAUAGUAAAUCCAGCAAAGAUGGGACUGAUAUGCGAUUCACGGCAGUAAAUAGGCAAUAGUGUUUUAGCAUAUUGAAACGUUUUUUAGUUGGAAAGUGAUUAUUCUCACUUACAUUACUCCAACGCGUCUAUGCUAUGUGUUGGAGGCAAACUUUCAAGCGGCCCUCGGUUUUCAAUCUGGGCUGCCAAAUAAUAAUGUUUAAAAAAUGUUUAUUCAAAUAUUUAUGUAUAAUCAGCCAUAAUAUUCCCUUAAAACAAAUAGUGAAACCGGUUUCACUGAGAUAUUCUUCCAAAAACUAGAGAGCUUCGACUUAUGUAAACAUCAACAAGACAAAAAUUCAAUACAGAUAAGAUAACAAGUAUGUAAUAAACAUAGAGCGUCUAUUCAACGUCUACUGAAACAAAAUAGUUUUGGAUUAUCAAAGCAAAUAAAUAAACCUACAAUCCAUGAAUUCCCCGAA